UUUUGGGUUAAUGCUUUCAUAAUCCACAUUUUACAGCCGAACAAAGUAUUGAUAAUUCUUUCCAAAAAAAUAUUUUAAAUAAAAAAUAAUCGUAGUUACUCACUAAACAAGAUCACCAACUCCAUCAUUUUGGCUGCACUUCUUCUCCUUCUUCUUACCGACAAAAUCCCAUUUUGUGGGUGAUUGAAUUUGGGCGCCAUUUCAUAUAAUCCCCAACAAAUCAAUCCAAACCCAUUAAAACCCAGAAAUCGAAACCCCCUAAAAAUCUAAUUUUUUCUUAUGCUUUAUUAAAAGAUAAUAAAACCCAAAUCUAAUGUGACCCAAAUCAAAAGAAAAGUCAAAAUGGCAUCAUCAGAAAUCGAAGUUGUUCCAGAUUCUACUCCACAAAACCACAACAAUCAUCAACAACAACAACAGCAAAAGAUUGUUAUAACUGAUGUUUUUACUGCUUCAGUUUAUGGGGACUUGCAAAAGUUAAGGAAAUUUGUUGAAGAAGAUGGAGCUUCUCUUUCUGGCCCUGAUUCUAAUGGUUAUUAUGCUUUACAAUGGGCUUCUCUCAAUAAUUUUCCCCAUAUCGUUCAGUAUAUAAUUGAGCACGGCGGUGAUGUGAAUGCCACGGACCUUAGCCAGCAGACUGCGUUGCAUUGGGCUGCCGUGAGAGGUUCCAUUGCAGUUGCUGACCUAUUGUUGCAGAAUGGAGCUCGGGUUGAGGCUGCAGAUGCUAAUGGGUAUAGGGCAGUUCAUGUUGCUGCUCAAUAUGGACAAGCAGCCUUCUUAAACCACAUCAUUUCAAAAUACAAUGCUGAUUUUGAUGCACCUGAUAACGAUGGAAGGAGCCCACUGCAUUGGGCUGCUUAUAAAGGAUUUGCAGAUACAAUCAGAUUACUACUAUUUAGAGAUGCUAAUCAGGCAAGGCAAGAUAAAGAAGGAUGCACACCUUUGCAUUGGGCUGUUCUAAGAGGACAUGUUGAGGCAUGCAGUAUACUCGUGCACGCUGGCACAAAACAAGAAUUGACGGUGAAGGAUAAAGCUGGAUUUACGCCAAUUCAGCUGGCAUAUGAUAAAGGUCAUCGGCGUGUCGCCCUUUUGCUUUCUAAUAUUCAGCGGUCACAUAAUAAGCGUCUCAAGGGCACAUAUUGCGCUGGGAAGAUAUUUGGUGUUGGCUACGCCCCAUUCUUGUUUUGCACCAUUUUCAGUCUCAUGAUCCUUUUCAUAAACUCCGUCCUUUUAGCUCCAAGUCUUGCCAAGGUAACUGCUGGUGUUGCUCUUUGGGGUUGGACUGCUGUAUCUCUGUGUGUUGGUGCAUUGAUAAUGUUUUAUCGUUGUAGCAGUAAAGAUCCUGGCUUCAUCCAAAAAUCCGAUCAUUCUGGUGAUCAGAGGGAAGCACAGGAUCCUUUAUUAAAUCUCAAUAUGAAUGAUAACUCUGUUUGGACUGGAAAUUGGUCUCAGCUUUGUCCAACAUGCAAGAUUAUCAGACCACUUCGCUCGAAGCAUUGCCCAACAUGCAAACGCUGCAUUGAACAAUUCGACCAUCAUUGCCCAUGGAUUUCAAAUUGUGUGGGGAAGAGGAACAAAUGGGAUUUCUUUAUUUUUCUGUGCCUUGGAACAGCAACAUCAUCUAUCAGUGGAGUGAUAGCUGUUUUAAGGAUUUGGACCGCAGUACCUGCAAUUCCAACUAGCGAAACAUGGAUGCAUUAUGUGGUAGUUCAUCAUCCCGGCUUUAUUGUCUUUCUGGUGAUGGAUUUGCUGAUAUUCAUCUCUGCCACAACUCUGUUUGUUGCGCAGACAAGUCAGAUAGCUCGGAAUAUUACCACAAAUGAAUUGGCAAAUUCCUCUCGGUACUCAUAUCUAAGUGGUCCAGAUGGGAAGUUCCGUAAUCCUUACAACCACGGAUGCAGAAAGAACUGCGGCGAUUUUCUUAUACAAGGCUACGCAGAUGAUAAUGAGAAGACAUGGCUUCCAUUGCAGGCAGUUACCGGUUGACACAGUUAAUGUCGAGUAUCAAAAGAAGAGCUAUUACCGCUUCACUAAGAAGUAUUUGUUCGGCUGCAGUACACCAUUCUUGCCACACUAAAAAUGUUCACUUACAGGAUGUUGCUGCAUAAUUAUCUCCUGUAAAUUUGUGAGACUCAAUUGCUUUGUUAUCCUGUUUGUGAAAUUAGUCAAAUUGUUGAUUCAUUGUACAGUUGAUUAUAAAUUGGCAUAUCAGAUUCAGAUGGCACACAAUUUGAUUCUGCAGCAUCUUUUUGGAUUUCGGACAAGGGAGAGAUGGUACAGCAAGGAAAAAAACAGAUGGAAUGCAGAUUUUUCAUUGCAUAAUUUGUAUUACACUUUUGCCAGACCAAGACAAUAUGUUCUUUUCUAAACAAUGCCAAUAUGUUCAACAUAUUCCAUGUGCUAAUAGAAAAAAUCUUUUAACCCACAUAGCAAAAACUAUGGGGUGUUUGGCAAA